AUGGCUGGAAAGUGGGAUGACGAAGAGGCUUCCGAUGCCUCCAGCUCCCCCGAUGAGACCACCAAGGCUGCCGCCGCCGCUGGCCGACGCAAGUUUGAUGAUGAGGAAGACGAUGACGAUGUUCUAGACUCCUGGGACGCAGCUGAGGACUCGGAGGUUGAGCGCGAGAAGGCAAAGAAGGCUGCCGAGGCCAAGGCCAAGGCUGACGCCGAAGCAAAGGCCAACAAGAAGUCCAAGACACAACGCCUGCAGGAGAAGAUCGCCGAGCGUCAAAAGCAAAAGGAGGACGACUCCGACUACGAGUCCGAGGAGGACGAAGCCACCAAGAGGGCUCGCCUUGCUCAAGCCCAGAAGGAGGCUGAUCUCAAACACGCCGAGGAUCUCUUUGGAGGCGAUGUCGGUGGUGUUCCUUCCUCGCGCAAGGCGGUCAUCAAGGGGUCCAGCGUGCCUGACCCCAAGGACCCCAACAACCUGAUCGACUUGUCCACGGUGGCUCUCUUCGACCCCAAGACCAAGGCGCAGUUCGAACAGCUCCGCGAGGUGAUGGGCCCCAUCAUCUCCAACAACGCCAAGAAGGCCCACUACACGCUGUUCCUCGUUGAAUUCGCGAAGCAGCUGGCCAAGGACCUGCCCAGUGACCAGAUCAAGAAGGUUGCCAGCGCCAUGACGACCCUCAGCAACGAGAAGCUCAAGGAGGAGAAGGCACAAGAGAAGGGCGGCAAGAAGUCCAAGGCGGCCAAGACCAAGACCACCCUAGCCAUGUCUCGCCCCACCACUACCGAUACCACUGCUUACGAUGACAAUGAGUUUGGUGAUGAUGACUUCAUGUGA